AUGUCCUCGUCGGCCUGCAAUGACGAAUACUUUCUUUUUCCUGGAGUAUGGAACUAUGCGUUCGCCAUCUCCGCAUUCAACGGCGACCUUGAGUCCGACAAGGGGGCUGAAGUCGUUGCCCCUUCACCCGCGAGCACUGUAACGGUUGGUAGUCCCGGCCCGACAUGCGCCCCAGAACCAGCAUGGUGCCCUGGAGGCGGGUCAGUCUCGGUCCCCCCAGUGGGUGGAGGCAGCACCACCGUAAUCGGAGGGACAACCACGGUUGCUGGCGGAAUCACGACUGUAAUUGGUGGCUCGACGACCAUCAUCGGCGGUGUUACCACAGUGAAGGGUGGAACAACUACGGUUAUCGGGGGAAGCGGGCCCGUUACCACAGUCAUUGGCGGGACUACCAAGACGACUGUCAUCGGCGGGACUACAACGAAAACUGUCAUCGGCGGAACUACAACAACGAUACCGGGAGGAGGAACGUCAAGUUCAACGCCUACCCCAACCGGAUGGCCGAUCGUCACCAAUGGCCGCUGCACCGGGCGCGAUUGCGUUGAUGGCAAGUGCACUGGCAAGAGCUGCUAUAGUGGUACUUGUGCGGAUACUGCGUCAUGCACUGGAUACGGAGGCGAAGAGGGUGGUGGACCUAACGCGCCACCUGAUGAGCCGGACGACUCUUGCACUACUAGCAAGGAAUUCCCGACAUGCACAACUAAGUUUAUAGAGGUUACUUCAGUCUUCCCUGAUCAGAGCUCAAGAACAACAUCCACAAGCACGAUUAGUACCUGUUACACAAUCACCGCUUGUACCGGUUCGGCCACGACUGUCUCGACCACAACUCAAACCGCGACGACUGUUCAGCAGUACUGCGAGCCAACGAGUUGCGGCGCUGCUUGUUCGCGCAAGAUUCGACGAGCCGUCGUUGAGGGGCCGAAGCUCGAAAAUCCGUACCCAGUGGAAAGCGAAAUCUACUCAUCAUCGAAUCUUACCAUCUCCGAGCGCGACAUACCAGGACCAGGGUCUGGGGAUUGGGAGGCGUGGUACUCCAAUUUGAAGGGGAGGGCCGAAACCAUUACAGUAGACAAUUACGAUGGCGCUUCUGACUCAAAUACAGCCAUUGCGCAGGUAAUAUGGGGCAACAGUCCCCAGAAUAUAGUGAUCCAGCAACUGAAUGGCUGUAUCGCGCUUUUUUGCGCGUCUGGUACAGGGGCGUUUGUUGCACACUUCUGGGAGAGGCCGAGUAUUACAGACAAUUUCCAGGCCGACGUCCUCGACAUCAUACAGCAGUAUCUCGGCUCGAGACUCAAUGCCUUUUACCUCGGACCAGAACCGGAGUGCUAUAUUAUGGCCGGAACAAGUGCAGUCUUGGACGGGAACACCGAAGAGGCCCAAAGGACGCUAACGAGAUCGGAUCCAGCUGGAUAUAGAUACCAAACCGAGGUGAAUCAGAUAUUCACCCUCAUAACGCAACUGCUGCCGGGAGCUUAUGUCGGAGCGUUUGCCUAUAAGCGUCAGGGAGUCAAGAGACUCGUUGAGCAGACGAACAUGGGCUACGGCAAAGGAGCGGUACUAUUUGAUCCGCAACAGAGGGCAGGGCCCCAGGGCCCUAACACAUUCCCCCCGGGUUAUGCCACUGUCGCAGUUUACUUGCAAGGCUACAAAGCCAUCCAAACAUACGGGCCAUGGCAAGAAUUCCAAAUUUGGCGAGUCCACCGGACUACAGGAACCGCAAACGUUGCGAUACAAGCCAACAGAGGCGCGGUACUGGAUCCAUGCGAGGGCGACGUUGACCCACCACAUCUCGCAAGCUCCGAAACCGUAGAUCCUGGAUCUGAAAUCACCGAUGUCGGCCCAGAAGUCUCCCCAGGGAGUGGUCCUCCGGGCCAGCCUUUUGAGCUCGUUGAUAGCGCAGGAACAGUCGUCGAGAGAGGUUGCGUUUUCAGAGGUGGUCCGUAUGCGCCUACCGCUGACUCUGGGCCGGAAGCCGGAGUACUUUCCUGUAACGGUGGAACUGCCAUGCAAUGCACCAGGCCGUACGUUAAUCGCGCCACGACGUGUGGUGGAAGAGCGCCAGAUCAAUGUGGCACGUUGGGUCAGAAUUGUAAUAAAUUCUUCCAGCUCCUCGCGACGUGCAGGUACUAG